ACUUUAAAUGUAUAUUAAAGUUUGAUCGAUUAUGUCAGUUUAACGUCAACAAAACUUUCUUCGUAUUCGGAGCAAAUUAAUUUUAAUCAUGCCGCCUAAGAAAGACAAAAAGAAACCAGCCAUCAUAAUCGAUGGAGUGGAUACAACUCCGAUGAGUCGAGAACAACUCGAAGUUUUCGCAAUAAGCAUAAAAGAGCAAAAUGACCGCGAACGGGAGGAAAGAAAUUUCUUCCAAAUGGAACGGGAUAAAAUCCGCACAUUUUGGGAAAUCACCCGGAGCGAAUUGGACGAGGUUAAAGCUAAAUUACGCAACAAAGAUCGCCAAAUUGAAGAAGCAGCCGAAGCGAACGAGGAGGAAUUAAGAUUUUUUAAGCAAAAAGUGAAACAUCUCCAAUACGAGCACCAAUUAGAUCUAACAGAAACCAAAGCCGAAGCUAUGGUUUCGUUAAAACAAGCUUUAGACGACCACACCGAGCAAGAAAAAGAAUUACUAAACGAUAAGCGAGAAUUAAAAUGUAACCUAAGAGAGCAAGAGAUGAAUAAUUUGGAUCAAAUCAAAGCGUUAAAGAUGCAAUUCAGCGAAGACCUCCACAACGCCCGAGAAGAUUUUUUACAACAAGCCAAAGAACUCGAGAUGAAAUACGAAAAGAGGUUUCAAAACUUAAAAGAAGAAUUGGCGAUAAAACAUCGCAUGGAAAUGUCUGAAGUCGAGGAAAGAAAAAACACGCAAAUUAACGAUUUAACGCGAAAUAACGAGUCGUCUUUCAACGAUAUGAAAAAUUAUUACAACGAUAUCACCUUAAAUAAUCUAGCCUUAAUAAGCAGCUUAAAAGAUCAAAUGGAAGUUUUAAGGAAACAAAACGAAAGGAUGUCAAAACAAGUCACCGAUUUAACGCACGAAAAUAAACGAUUAACCGAACCGUUAAAACAAGCUUUACUCGAUGUUAAGGAAUAUAAACGACAAUUAGUUAAUUACGAGAAAGAUAAAAUUUCUUUAGCUAACACAAAAAUUAAAUUGGGACAAUCCCAAAAGGAACUCGACGAUAUCCGUUGGCAUAACGAAGCUUUAGAACUGCGUUUUGAAAAGUUGCAAGCCGAAAAAGAUGAGCUUCAUAACCGAUUUGUUAUCGGAGUCUUAGAAGUGCAACAAAAAACUGGGCUAAAAAAUGCUCUCCUACAGAAACGAAUCGAAACUUUAACCAAUGAUGCGGAAACUAAAGAUGCAAUAAUCGGGGAAUUAACAACGACUAAGAAAUUACCAUCGGGGUUAAAUGCUAAGUUUGAGAAUAUAUUGAAUAAAAAGAAUAAGACGAUUGCUGAUUUGCAAUAUGAAUUGGCGAGGGUUUGUAAGGCUCACGAUGAUUUGGUUGAUACUUAUGAAGAGAAAAUGGUGCAAUAUGGAAUCCCGAAGAAUGAGCUUGGAUUUAGUCCGAUGAGGGUUUUGCCCGAAGGGCAAGUUGCUACUGCUAAAGGACCGGCUGGAUUGGUUACAAAGAAUCCUUAAGAAAUUAAUUUAAAAAUAAUAUUUAGUUAGAUAACCAAAAAUUUAUUAUGAAACUCGA